GCGCUCCAUCAGUUUCAUUGCAAAUUCCGUACAAUUUGCACGCUUAGCGGAAGUUUGUUUACAGAGAGAGUAGGAGAGUGAGAGUUUUUAUUUAAUGCGUGUAUGUGCGUGAGUGUAGUGGUGUAGUGUUGGUGUUUUUAAUGCGCCGCUCUUUUUCUGUGCAUGGGGGCAUUUUUUUGUUUUGAACUUUUCCAUUCACAAAAAACGAACCAAAACAAAAAAAAGCAACACAACAACGAACGCAGCUGUUUUUCUAAAUGGUGGGUGACAUCCCAUACUUUUCCUCUACCUUGAUAUCAGAUUCGGACAUAUUGUUCUAAUUGUGAUACAGGUAAACUUGUCGCGCUUACUGGAAACCCACCAUCAUUUCUAAAAGAAAAAUAAUAGCAAAUACACAAUAGCAGGCAGUUUUUGGUAAAUUGUAAACGUCAUAGAAAAAAGUAAAAAAAUCCCCUGCCAUUGUUUUGCUUUUUUUUGUCGGCAAGAUAGUUGUCUGAAAAUACUAAGGAAAAAACAAAACGGUUUGGUUUAAACUACUAAAAAGACAAUAAACGUGCGACGCGCAGGCACUCGCACAAAAAGUUUCUUUUCGACACACUGUUAAAAAAUCUAUCACUUUGCCGCGUGGACGUCGUUGUAAAUCCACCACCUCCGGUACCAUGGCCACUACAGGAGGAGGGGGAGCAGCUGCUACAAGUGUUGUAGUUCUGGAUCGUGGCAAUAACACAACAUGUACAAUCAAUCUGCAUGGUGCUACUGUUGUAUCGUGGCGUGUUAAUAACCAGGAGCAGCUGUUUGUCAGUAAACUGGCCUCUUUUGAUGGGAAAAAGGCAAUACGAGGGGGAAUACCGUUCGUGUUUCCUCAAUUUGGACCAUGGUCCUUUGGAGCCCAGCAUGGAUUUGCCCGCAUUACAAGAUGGAAUUUAGAACGGCCGCCAGAACGACUACAUAAUGGGGAUGUGGAGGCAAUAUUUUCUUUAAUGGAUAAUGAAUUUACCAGAUCUAUGUGGAAUUAUCAAUUUCGAAUAACGUAUCGCCUAAUCUUACGCGAAAAGGAACUGCAUUUCCACAUCGGUGUAUAUAAUCCCAGCAAAGAGUUGACCAUGACAUUUAAUCUGUUGUUACAUACUUAUCUUAAAGUUCCUGAUGUCAGACGUUGUCAAAUUACUGGGUUACAUGGUUGUACCUUUAUGGACAAGACACGCAAUGACGCCAUGUACCAAGAGGGCCGAGAAGUGGUUACCGUAAACGAAUGGACAGAUCGCAUUUAUCAGCACACUCCGCAGGAGCAUAUAAUAACAAAUGUUGUUUCGGGGCGAAAAAUGCGCAUUCAUAAAUAUAACUUCCCUGAUACUGUCAUCUGGAAUCCUUGGAUUGAUAAGGCACGAGAAAUCGGCGAUUUCGGUGAUGAUGAGUUUCCAAAUAUGCUCUGCGUAGAAGCAGGACAUGUUUCAUCACCUGUAAUUUUACUUCCCGGAACAGCCUUCGAAGCCAGUCAAAUUUUGCAGAUAAUCAUCGAAGGUAAUGUUAGCAGAAAAACUAAACGGAAUCGCUAGCGUUUGAAGAAUCGGAACCCAUUGAGGUAAACCGAUUCUUAAAAACUGGAAAUGCUAUGCUAAAAAAUAAAUGUACGAGUAUACACACUUUAACAACCUACAAUACAAUAACUUACAUGCAACGUAAAUCAACUUGUUCAGUGAUACAAAUGAA